AUGGCUGACUAUAAUAUUACUGAUGAAAGUAUAGCUGAUUACCAAGAGUACUUGGACUACUACUAUGAUGGUUCUAUACCAGAAAAAGAUUGCUUUGAAUGGGAUUGUCCGGAUAUUUAUGGAAUAAUCUAUAGACGUUCGAACGAAGUGAAUAUUGUUCUCGAGUUUUUCACUAUUCUUGUGAACAUUUUCCACUUGUUGAUUUUGACUCAAAAAGAGUUACGAUCAACAUCAAUUUUCAUUCUUAUGAUGGGAGUUUGCAUCGCUGACAUCUUCGGAUUCGUCAUCUCGAUUUAUGAUCACGGCAUAGAACGAUUUUGGUUUCAAGAACUUUCAAACUACUUUGACUUAUUAUCGGAUACUUCUCCUUAUCAAUGUUUAUCUCUGGAUUAUAUGCUAGUAGAGAUUUCGACAUCAGUUAAAAAUUUGCUAACCGCCGCAACAAGACCAAUAUCUAUUUGGCUUUCCAUUUUUAUAGCGGCGAUUCGCACGUUGAGUGUUGCGUUCCCGAUGAGCAAUCGGAUACAAAAAUUAGCAAAACCCAUGACCGCAACGUUGGUGGUUCUGAUAGUUGGUUUCUUUUGGUUUGUUUAUUAUUCUUGGCAUUAUUUUUAUGUGGAAGUGUUAUGGUUUCCAGAUCAUACUUUCCCCGAUUGUUUAUACAUUUACCAAAUGCAAGCACCCAACGGUUCAGUAUUGGCUUACCCGCUGAAAAAAUAUGAUAUAAUGCAGAAACGAGAAGACUUCGAAUAUCUGGUUCGUAUAGUUCCUGCCGUACUAUACCCAUUCCUAGCUAUAUUUCUGAUCGUGGAACUCAUCAAAAUCAGAAAACGCAGAUUACGAAUGAACUCAUCGGAAAAGGAGAAUCCGGACAACACAACAAAACUUAUACUUCUCAUGACUUUUAGCUUCAUGAUGUCUGAAGGUUUGGCGGGAGUUUCCAACUUUGUAAACAUCGUCUAUGCACGAUAUGCUAAUGAUAGGACACAGUAUGCAUUAGAGAAGAAUCCAAAAAGAAACGGGAAUUUUUACAGCCUUUUAUAUUCGGUCGCUGAUCACGUUCUCCUUAACUUUCGAUCUUUGAAUGCCUUAUCCCAUUUCUUCGUUUGCUACUGGAUGUCUUCACAAUAUCGAGAUACUGUAAAACGCAUUCUGUGUUGUUGUGGCUCAAAUCGAAAGGUAUUGACUUGA